CACUGACGGUCAAACUGUCAGCUGCAGCGUAGUGCACAAGUCAACGUUAGCUAGCUGUUGAAAUGUCAUGAGAACAUGUACUCCAAUAAGUUUUGCCGCCUCAUGUUAGGGCUGUACAGCCGGAAACACAGCGCUGUCUGCGGGGUCGUUCACGGUUCUUCUCCCGGACGGAGCGGGUUCAGCUGGACCGCGGUGUGUAAACAGAGAGCACUGUGGCUGCAGAGGAGUGACCGUCUGAGGAGCCAGCCACAACCAGUGACAUGUCAAAUAAGUGCUCGGUCAGCCUCCUACACCACAGUGGACCCCGAUGAGCUGAGGAGGUUCAAGGCACUGGCCAACAAGUGGUGGGAUGAGCAGGGAGAAUUUGCAGCUCUUCAUGCCAUGAAUGACCUGAGGGUGCCUUUUAUACGUGACAACCUGCUGAGCAUGCACAGAGCGCGGCAUCCUGGGAAGCCUCUUGCGGGACUCAAAAUCCUAGAUGUCGGCUGUGGAGGAGGCCUGCUAACAGAACCCCUAGGUCGUCUGGGAGCUAAAGUUUUGGGCAUUGAUCCAGUGGAAGACAGCAUCAGCACAGCCCAGCUGCAUUCAUCCUUUGACCCAGACCUGCAAGAUCGAGUGAGCUACAGGGCCUGCAGUCUGGAGGAGCUCUCAGCAGAAGAGGAGGGAGGACUGGAGGAGCAAGUAACAGCCCAGUUUGAUGCUGUUGUUGCAUCUGAGGUGGUGGAACAUCUGGCUGACCUGGAAACAUUUGCCUUCUGCUGCAGUCAAGUGCUAAAGCCAGGUGGCUCACUCUUCAUCACUACUAUUAAUAAAACCAACCUGUCAUACGUGUUUGGCAUUGUUGUAGCUGAGCAGAUUCUGCGCAUCGUACCCAGCGGGACCCACGACUGGGAGAAGUUCAUCAGCCCAGUGGAGCUGGAGCGUAUCCUGGAGUCAAAUGGUUUCUCAGUGCAGUCUGUGGAGGGAAUGCUGUACAACCCAGUAUCAGGAGCCUGGAGCUGGACUAACAGCACCGCCAUUAACUACGCCCUCCAUGCUGUCAAAGUGAGAGAUGAUCUGCAGGCUGACUACGCUGAGGAAAACAACUCUCAAAAAGACCACUCUGCAGCCACACACAGCUGAGCCAUUUGAAUUAAGAAGUCAAGGAUAAAAAAAAAAAGCAGCUACUUCCUUCGGACAAACAGUCUGGGAAUAGGAUUAUGAUCAUACUGUAGUUGGUAAUUUUUCAAAAUGAAGACCAUUGCAUUGUUUUGUUUUCUGCUGAGCUGUACCAAACAACUGUUUGCCCUUAAACAAUCUUUUCAGUAGCUUUACUUUCUCACAGCUUCAGAGUUUGCAUAUCUGUUUCAAUGCCAUUAGGUAACUUCCCAUAUCCUCCAAUGAUCUUGAGCCUUUAUCAAUAAUGAAGUGUGAGAGAACAACAUUAAUACAUUGCAUUUAUUUUUCUCUGGCUGCUUGGAAUAAAUGUAUUGCUGGUU